AUGAAGGCAGUUCUCCGCUCGACGACUCUGCUACCAUCAGUGGCGAGGCUGCAACCGAGAGAAGCAGCACACCUUCGUCAUGUAUCCUCGACUUCUUCCACCAGCUCGUCCAGAGCAGCGGCUCUGGCAAGGGCAGCUGAGGUCUCUACCACAGCUUCCGAAAGACUCGCAGCAGGAGGACCACCCAUGAUGGGACCGUCCUUCACUUCUCGUCAAGACGCCAACAAACUCGACUCUGCGCAUCGUAUCCUCUCAGACCACGAUCAAGCAAGCGCUCAUCUCAAUCUGAGCUCAUCUCAAGCGCGUCGCUCUAGAGCAGCUCGGUUUGGCACCAGUCGACACACCACCUACUCUCCGUCUUCUUUCGUUUCAGGCUCCGCAGCAGAGGAACAAGAAGGACGAGAUCGACUUGCUCUAGCAUAUGCUUCACCCACAGGCACCUCUACAUCCUCUAUAUACUUGCCCGAGUACGUCGUUUGGGCCAUCUCGCAACUUAUCACUGCCGCCAACGAUCCCAAGCUCCUCCGAUCCGAUCAUUUAAAGCUGGCACAUCUGACGGAUCCACAAGAGCACAUGGCUGAAGCAGCGCAUAUCCCACCGAAACGAUCAUCACUCUUGCAUCUGGCAACGGUGUCGCCACACCGAUAUGCUGCGAUUCUUGCGGUGUUGUCAGAAGUGCAUCAAAGACUAUCGACAUCUGCUUUGACAGAAGGGAAUAGUGCAGAUCUAGAAACAGCGCUGCCAAGAUGGACGCCGGACACUGUGCUCGAUUUCGACUGCGCCGCUGGCGAAGGGCUAUGGGCUGCAGCACACGUAUUCAGGCAAGACGAUACAGAUCCGCACAGUCCCACUUCUGUGCAUCAGUACUAUGGAUUCGAUCGCCGGCCCAACCUGCUCAAAAGCGGCAAGAAGGUGGCGCAGAGCUCAUCGUCGAAUGUCUCCCCUGCCGAGCCAACAAAGGCUGGACGAGAGGUCAGGCUCAAAGACGAGGGCGAAGAAAUCGUCGUUGAUGGCAUCACGUAUUACGAGCAAGAGGACUCUGUACCGCAACAAGACGCCGAAGCCGAGCUUCAAGAGGCAACUGAAGCCUCUGACGAGCCGGCACUCGAAUACUUUGCCGGACCUAAAUCGGCGAUGGCUCCGGUCUGGAAAAAGUUUCAAUCCGUACCUCUGGCGCACGAUCUGGCGUCGAUCGGCUCGUCUCGCUCACUCGCACUCUCGGCGUUCGCUUUGAGCCUGAUGACCAACGAUAGUAAUCGGUUCGAGGCGGUGCAGGCUAUGUGGGAUUCCGGCGCGCAAGUGAUCGUGGUCAUCGACCAGGCUACACCACGAGGAUUCGCCAGCGUCGCUUCUGCGCGUGCCCAGCUGCUGCAAUUGGGAAAGUCGUCCGAAGGAUCACAUGUCGUCGCCCCCUGUUCGCACGAUAAACCCUGUCCGCUGCUGCAUCCUUUCACGAUCAGCUCUGCGGUCGCUUCGGCCGUGGGCGCUCGUUCUGAUACCGGAAAUCCGGCUAAGAGCAACGACGUCUGCGCAUUUACUGCCAGGUAUCAUACACCGACGUUUUUGAGACGAACCAAACACUCGGAUCGAGGAGAGGAGAACGUUGGGUAUAGCUAUGUCGUCGUUCGUCGCGGAUCUAGGCCGAGUCUGGUUGGUGAGGCACAGAGGAGGUUGGACGCUGCGGAACGCGGCCAAAAUCAAGACGGGUUGGAGGAGAUGGUAGAACAGUUGACGGUGGAAGCGGGUAAAACCAAGGCCGGAAUUUUGGAUCUGCUGAGGAACGCGAAGAAGGCAAGUUCGGAAAGGAAAACGUUGCUGGAAGUGGACUCGACCGAGGAGCUCAUUUCAAGCGAACAGUUGAUUGCUGCUGACGCCGAUGCUGGGCCGAUGGAGGCGGAGGCGGAGAUGUCGGAUUCACAAGCGAUGGAUGAAUUGCUCAGAAUGCUGCCUGAUGCGAUCAAGGCUGAACACACCGCUUCUGCUAACAACGACUCGAUCGAUUCUUUGUCAUCGUCUUUGACGCCGGAACAGCUGGAUUCAAUCAUGGCAUCUGUACGAUCGACGCUUUCGUCUUCGACCAUCGGCUCUACCUCGGCCACACCCGCAUCGAUCGAGGUGUCCGAAGACGAUUCGACCGCAUUAACGCUUUCUGCACCUUCGGCCUCAUCGGAGCUGGCCAUGCGGCUCGAAUCGUACGCAUGGCCACGACUGAUCCGCUCGCCUCUCAAGAAAGGUGGUCACGUAACGCUGGAUGCGUGCUGUGCAACGGGCAACAUCGAGCGCUUCACGAUUUCGAAAGCGUGUGGCAAACAGGCGUACCAAGACGCGCGCAAAGCGAAAUGGGGUGAUCUGUUCCCGCAUUCGAGUCGUAGUCGCAAUGUUAUUAAAGUGCUCAACCCGGUCACUGCAUUGGAGAUGCAAGGAGAAGCAGCGCAGUUGGAGAAUCUGACGCUUCGUGCUCCGAGCAAACUCACCACCACUCGAUCUGCCUCGAAUCCAGCUCGGUUCGACGUCAUCGGAAUCGACUCGGAUCAAGACGCAAAUUCCAUCCUAGCUGAACUGUUCGACGAUAUGCCAGAUCUCGUCCCCUCAAAGUUGUCCAAUGUCGAUCGUGCACUCGCCUCGUACCGGCUCAUUUCACCAAACCUCAUCACUCCCACUAAGAAACAAAUCAAAAGACUCAACAUCAACUACGCCCAAAAAUGGAACACCAUCUCCACCGCCAAAGCAGCCAAACUCGCAAACAUCAAGACCAACGUGAAUACGCGUCAACCUCUACCCUCCCCACCUGCACUUGACGCACAAGACGACGGUGCAGAUGCAUUCACCAGCAGUCUACAGUCAGCAGGUCGUGGAGAAAAACGGGUCAAGGAAACAAGAUCGUCUCGAAAAAAGAGCCGUGGCGAUUGGGAUCAGGAGUUGUUCGGAGCCUAG